AUGCGUGAACGUACCCGGGACUGCGGGGAGCCGGGCGUGCGCUGUGUGAAACAGCUCCCCGCACAGCGGGCAUCAGCGCUGCUCCUCCGCUCCCGGCAGGAGCCGCAGCCGCCACGAAGGAACAAGGGCUGCCGCGAGGGACCCGCAGCCGCCCCGAGAACCGCGGGUGCCGUGAAGGGAGGAGCCGCGCUCCUUCUCUCCACUAUAGCACGCCGCGCAUCCCAGGGGGCUGCGGAACCCACGGCCUCGCGGACGGGGCCCUCGCGGCGGGCCGCGGAUGACCGCAGUUUCGGCUCGGAGGCGCGCGAACGACAACGCGAAGCUCUGCUGCGGAGGCACCGCAAGCGAAGCGACGACGAGCGCAGCCGCGAGCCCGCUGCGCAACGGGGCCGGGCCCUGCGAACGAAGCGCUUUCUUCGGCGCCUCGGAGAGAGCGCGGCGAGCACCGCGCGCAGCCCCGCGUCCGCACCGCCAGAGGAGCCGCGCCGCACUGACGGAGCGGCCCGGGGCGCGGCGGCGCAGACGCGCUCUGGGCGGGAGGGGCGGAGACGGCGGCCGAAGCCCCGCGGGUGUCCAAUCAGCGCCCGGGGCGCGCGGCGAGGGGGCGGGGCCGGGCGGGAAAGCGAGGCGCCGCCAUCUCGCGCGGGCCUGGAAGGACCUCGGCAGACCCGCACGGUGUGUUGGAGGUCGGUGAAGAUGCUGGACUCGGCAUGGCACAAGCUGGACUUGCAGCAGUUCAAGGCCAGCCACUGGGGUGCGAGUGUGGUGGACCACCCCAGGGCUGGCACCCCGCAGCGCAGGGAUCCCAGUGACUGCGGGGCUCUGGCUCCCAUCGCUCCCCUGGACCCUGAAGGGUGCAGGCUGUGCCAGCGGACAGAGCACGACCCCGAGAUAUACGGAGAGACGUGCCGUCAGGACAGCCUGUGCAUCCACGAGAACUGCCUGUACCACGCCAGCGGGCUGUACCAGCGCGGUGCUGACGAGGAAGGAUUCUUCGGAUUCCUCUUUCCUGACAUCGAGCAGGAGCUGCAGCGCGUGGCACAGAAGGUGAACAGGGCGCCCUCUGUGCUGGCCGUCCUUGCAGAACUGCGCCUGGCCAACGGGCCCAGCCGGUGCCAGGGCCGCGUGGAGAUCCUCUACAACGGCUCCUGGGGCACAGUGUGUGACGAUGACUGGGACAUCGUAGAUGCCAACGUUGUGUGUCGGCAGCUGGGAUGUGGCCAUGCCAUCGCCCUGCCGGCCCCCAUGACCUUCGGCCAGGGGAGUGGGCCCAUCUUCUUGGACAACGUGGACUGCAAGGGCCAGGAGGCGGCACUGAGUGAGUGCUGGAGCCACGGAUGGGGCAUCCACAACUGCUACCACUACGAGGACGUGGCUGUCGUCUGCAAUGAGCUGUCCCCCACAUCAGCAAGCGAAGGACCGACCAGCAGGACUGCUACAGCCUCGGUGCAGAAUGGGGAAGGUGACGGCCGCAUCCGGCUGGUGAGUGGAGCAGAUGCCUGCCAGGGCCGUGUGGAGAUCUUCUACCAGGGGAGCUGGGGCACAGUGUGUGAUGACGACUGGGGGCUGAGCGACGCCAGCGUGGUCUGCAAGCAGGUGGGCUGCGGCCAGGCCCUGGAGUACAAAAGCAACGCCUAUUUCGGCUACGGCACGGGGCACAUCCUGCUGGACAACGUCAACUGUGAGGGCAGCGAGCCCAUCCUCUCCGCCUGCUAUAGCCUCGGCUGGGGCAUCCACAACUGCGGUCACCACGAGGAUGCCGGGGUCAUCUGCAUGGGUAAUGGGGCACGAGGAUGGGACAUCCUUGCACAGAAACAGCCUGCCUGGCCGGGACAGGAGGGAGGGAGUGGAGCCAGGGUUGGGCACGCCACCAGGAUUGCCCCCUUCCCCGCAUUGCCCAGCCCUGCCAUUAUCCACUGUCUGGACACAUCCACCAUCACAUCCUUCACCACCUCCACGGCCCUGGACUAUGAAGAGAUUCUCACUGCCACAGCCACAGGGGACUUUUCCAUGGGGCCACCGUGGUGCUGGCUGCAGCUCAGAGCAGGGGCAGUGGGUGCUGGGGCCAGACACCGAGCACCCAUGUGUCCCCAUGUCUCAGCAGUGACAGACGGCCACGAACAGCCCUCGCCUGCAACUGAGGUGGUCACCACUGUGCUCAUCACUGCCGAGCUGGAAAGUGGCGGCGUGCGGUUGGCGAACGGCAACGGGAGCUGCCGCGGUCGGGUGGAGGUGCGGCACGGCGGGACGUGGGGCACGGUGUGCGACGACGACUGGGACUUCCCCGACGCGCAGGUGGUGUGCAGGCAGCUGGGCUGCGGGCCCGCCGUCUCCGCCACCGUCCUGGGUUCCUUCGGGUACGGCACCGGGCCCGUGCUGCUGGAUAACGUGGGGUGCGACGGGCACGAGAUGCGCCUGGCCGACUGCUUCCACCUGGGCUGGGGGCAGCACAACUGCGGCCAUCACGAGGACGCGGGCGUGGUGUGCCGAGGUGCGUGGUCUGAGCAUCGCCCCUCCCGUCCGUCCCGCUGGGCGGUGGUGGGAUGUAGGACCGGAGUGUGGUCCCAAGAGGAUGGGGUUGCUGGCCCAGGUCCUGGCAUGGGCUCCGUUUUGCACAGAGGUUGUGCUGAUGACUCAGGAGACCACUUCCAAGAAGCCACCGUUGCCACCACCACGUCAGUCCCAACCUAUCUGGAGGAUGGGUUCUUGCGCCUGGUGAACGGCAGCCAUCGGUGCGAGGGCCGCGUGGAGAUGUUCUACCUGUCCCAGUGGGGCACGGUGUGCGACGACGCCUGGGACCUGCGGGAUGCCAAGGUGGUGUGCAGGCAGCUGGGCUGUGGGCAUGCUGUGGCAGCGUGGGGGGAAGCACGCUACGGCCCCGGCACUGGUUACAUCUUCCUCGACAACCUCAAGUGCAAGGGCAGCGAGCCCUCACUGCUGCGCUGCUCCCACAUCCGCUGGGACGUCCACAACUGUGACCACUCAGAGGAUGCCAGCGUGGUCUGCAUCCUCCUAUGACCACCCGCCCGCAGGGACCAUCCUGGGUAUGAGGAUGGGGGUGGUGGGGAGGGGGGGGCACACAGAGAGGGGGGUGGGAGGUGGGACGGGAGGGAUGUGGGACUCGGAAUGUGGCAGGAGAACAGUGAGGGUUUAAAUCAGAUGGAUUGAGCCAUUGACAAGCACGCUCAAAUGAGAUGUUAAGUGUGCUGCUUGCUUGGAAGUGUGCCUCUCCAUCCUGUGAAUCUGCUGUCUGACUUCACCCAAAUUAGGUGACAGGGUAGAGGUCUCAGGGCUGAGGCAUUCCCAUUAUUUCCUAUAAAAUAGGCAGAAGGGGGAGGGAGAGGCUUCUACAGGACACCUAAUGAGCCCAGCACCAUAUGAGGCACCAGAGAACCCACACCAUGCGCACUGCUGGGCACAGCCCUUGGGAGCACUACUUGUGCUCCAGUGCAACCCACACUGACACAGCUGGGCUCAGGCAGGAGCAGUGUCCCCCCUUCUCCCCCGAAGCUGCCCCAGGCAUUGGGGCCAGGUGUCCUUUGGCUCCCAAAACCCUGCUGAAGCUUUUCCCCCAGAAUGCCUGUUGGAGAGCAAAAUGAAGUAGCCUUUUUGUGUGUGUGUGUGUGUGAAAUCCAGUUGGUUUCAGCCAUUUCAUUUGAGAGAUGAGGGGAGAAAAAUGGAUUUUCUGCUGUGAAAUUGACUUUAGAUUAUACCUGGGAAAUGUAAAACAGGGCUGAAACCAAACCAGAACAUUCCAGCUGCUCUGCGGUGUGUUGCUGCCCUCCUACAAUUUGCUUUGCAAAACCCCCUUAAUCCAAGUAUGAGCCCAAGGAAUAAAUACGGGGUUUCCAUCCCUGCUGCCUGCAACCCAGUCCUGCAGUUCCCAUUAAUUCCCAACAUGCCCACAUUGUCUCCUCUGCUCCUGCUUCUCCUGCAAGCGCAGCCACAGAAAGUUGGGGAGCAGGGUGAGAUGGUGCCCUUGCAGCCCCCAUAUCCCCACCACCCACACCCUGCGCCCAGCAACUCUUUGCAGCAAAGCUUCUUUGUCCCUGCAGAGCAUGUGGAAGUGCAUGCAUGGCUCCUCUGCAGCGUGAGGUGCUCUGUUCUGCAACGGGCUGCUCUGUUCUGCAACGUUCUGUGAUGGAGCGCUGUUUCCACCUGAGAAGGAGAACCACCCCUUCAGGUCUGCUCAAGGGGUGCAUUGGCCACACCGAGGGUCCCAGGGUCUCCCUCUUCCCGUUUCUAUGUUUGUACAAUUCUUUUGUUAAUAAUAGGUUUCUUACAUGUUUUUGGGAGGUGUUGUUUUGUGAAUAAAUAAAACCCCUUUUCAAGCG